GGACUCUUCACAAUAUUCAGCCUCCCAAGACGCGUCCACGCUUUCUUUCUUUCACCUCGCACCAUGGCGCCUCAGAAACCCCUCAGGAGCGUCGCAGACAUCGCUGCGCUGAUCGACCAUAGUCUCCUGCAUCCAACCUUGACGGAUGCGGAGAUCCAGCGCGGACUCGAAGUUGCAAGGGAUUCCAAGGUCGCCACGGCCUGCAUCAAGCCAUACAGCAUCCCCCAAGCCAUCAACGUCCUCAGUGGCUCCGGCGUCGGCAUCUGCGUCGUGAUCGCCUUCCCGCACGGCAACAGCACCAUCAAGACCAAAGUCACCGAAGCCACCUACGCGAUGCUCGACCUCGCCGGCUUCGUCGAGACCGGCGGCGCGCGCUCGUCCCGGGGGCGCGCCGAGAUCGACAUGGUCGUCAACGUCGGCAAGGCGCUCUCCGGCGAGUGGACGUACGUCGAGGACGAGAUCGCCGCGGUCAACGCCGCCGUGGCCGAGCGCGGCGGCGCGCUCAAGGUCAUCUUCGAGACGGACUUCCUCGAGCGCCCCCACGUCGCGCGCCUCGCGGAGAUAUGCGCGCGCGUCGGCGUCGCGUUCGUCAAGACCAGCAGCGGCUUCGGGUUCGUCAGGGACAAGGCGCACCCCGCGCUGUACACGUACCGCGGCGCGACGGUCGAGCAUGUCCAGGUGAUGAAGCAGAACGUCGGGCCCGCCGUGCAGGUCAAGGCCGCCGGGGGCAUUCGGACGCUCGACCAGCUCCUGCAGGUGUACGAGGCGGGGGCGACGAGGAUCGGCGCGACGGCCACGGAAGCCAUCUUGAAGGAAGCAAGGGCGAGGGGAUACCCGGAAUGUUAGACAAGACGUACCAUGUAACGGACUCAAAACUGCUCAUAUAUCCCUAGGAUGACAAUAGGAAUCACGAUACC